CCGCCGGCGAAUUUGAUCGGUAAAAAAUAUUUUCCGACGGUUCUAGGAAGUUCUAAGUCAUGCUCUGCCGCUCUAGACGCUCUAUCUUCUCUCUUCUCCGAUCCGGUUUUAGUCUCCGCGGCGAUCUUGCGGCGGCAGCUGUCUCCUGUUCCUCUACCUUCUUUGACUCAGACGGUGGGAUUAAGAAGUUGCAUUCUCAAGCUGGAAAUGCAAUCUUAUGGAGAAAUAGUCAGCUAUGUAAUUCUCAAGGAAACUUUUUUGGACGAGAACGAGUCUCAAGUUCCGUGUUUCGAUGUUUCUGCAGUGGCGGUGAUACUUCUCCUAGCUUGGAUCGGAAGUUUCUGGCUCAGCUAUGGGUUGCAGAUAAGAAAAAGCUAAAGGCUAUGGAAAAGCGAUAUCGGAAAGCUUAUAAGCAUAGGAAUUACACUGAGAGUAAUGGAUUUGAUGUCCAUAGUGAGAUUGUUGAGCCUACUGUGCAUCAACCACCGGUUAGCCAGUCUAUGUCUGGUCUUCUGAAGCCGAAAACUUCUGAUGAGGCCAAAAUUGCAACUCUGCUUGCACGAUCAAAUUUGCUGAUUACAAGAGACAUUGAAUGGGCAAAUCUGGUUCUUGGUUUUGAACAGGAAAAUCGCUAUAUUGUAGUAGAUGUUUGCUAUCCUCAGGCACCUGUGGGGUCUAUCCGAGAACAAAGCAAUUUAAUUGCGCGGCAGCUGCUUCGUACCCGGCGCCCAUUUGUUGCUUCCAUAACUGAUGCUUUGGGUAAUGAGCUUUUCCGGGUUCGUAGACCUUUCUGGUGGAUCACAAGUUCAAUUUAUGCUGAGAUUGAUGGAGAGGAAAUUGGAGUUGUUCACCAACGAUGGCAUCUAUGGAGAAGAAUUUAUGAUUUAUACCUGGGGAACAACCAGUUUGCAGUGGUAGAAAAUCCUGGAUUUUGGAAUUGGACAUUUACAGUGAAGGAUGCUGAUGGGGAAGUAUUAGCCCAAAUAGAUCGUGAUUGGAGGGGUUUUGGCUUUGAGAUAUUCACAGAUGCUGGGCAGUAUGUGAUCCGAUUUGGAAAAGCUGAUGCUGCAGCCAAAACCGGCCCUGCGACAAUGGUAGAAGAGUUAGAAGUGAAACGGCCAUUGACUUUGUCAGAAAGAGCUGUUGUCCUUACGCUUGCUAUUUCACUAGAUAAUGAUUACUUUUCAAGACAUGGUGGCUGGGGAAUACCAUUCAUGGCGGUGGUGCACAAAAGCCAAUGGCGAGCAUUCGAUUAUAUUUUCGACGGUUUACAGCUAAGCCACGAAGCUGUGGCAUUAACCAAGUCCCGCACAACAAAUAACUCUUGUCUCAACGAGAAGAAACUUCACCUUGUCCUUGACUUGGACCACACGCUUCUCCACAUGAAAACGGUUCCAUCUCUCUCCCGAGCAGAGAUAUAUCUAAUCCAAGAAGCAUGUUCAAUCACAAGGGAAGAUAUAUGGAAAGUAAGACUCAUAGGAGAUCACAGGGAUCGCUUGAUAAAGCUACGACCCUUUGUUCGCGACUUCUUGAAAGAAGCCAACGAGAUGUUCACAAUGUAUGUUUACACAAAGGGUAAUCGCAAAUAUGCUAAAGCUGUCUUGGAGCUGAUUGAUCCGAAUAAACUCUAUUUUGGUGAUAGAGUGAUUACAAAAGACGAGAGUCCUCAUCAGAAGACGCUUGAUUUGGUUUUGGCUGAGGAGCGUGGGGUGGUGAUUGUUGAUGAUAGGCGUGAUAUUUGGCCCCAUCACAAGAGUAACCUAAUAGAGAUUAGCAAGUACAAGUAUUUUAGACUCAGUGGCCAAGGUUCAAAUUCUUACUCUGAGAAGAAGACAGACGAGAGUGAAAAAGACGGUGGAUUGGCGAAUGUUUUAAAAUUACUCAAACAAGUUCACUGUAGAUUCUUCAUGGUCGAGGAGGAGAAGCUGGAGUCAAUGGACGUCAGGUCGCUGCUAAAAGAAAUAUAUAUAGACUUUGAUACCAACGAAGAAUCUGUAGAAUGAUGAUCUUUUUCUCUGUCUUUUAAGUUCUUUAGAAACUUUAGAAUCUUUUUGAGAAAUCUUUUGUGUUUUGAGAUCACUGACGACUCACUGACCAUACUUUGGUUAAACUCUCAAGAAAUAUGUUGUCUUGCA